GUCCUACUUAUUUUUCUAGGGUCCAGUAAACUAGAUGAUUACUUACAAUUCUUAAAUUUUUUUGAAAUACAUGGUGAUUCUAAGGAAAAAAUUAUUUUAUUUUUAGAAAAUUAGGAACAACUAAAAGAGGAAUAGGCCCUACUUAUUCUAGUAAAUGCUUUAGGAUAGGUGUUCGUCUUGGAGAUUUGUUAAACGACUCUCAAAACUUUGAAAAAAGAUAUCGGGAACAAGUUAAAUUUUAUUCCAAAAUAUUUUCAAAUAUAAACACUAAUGUUGAUGCUGAUCUUCAAAAAUUAAAGGAGCACGCUUCUCAAAUAAAAAAGCUUGGAUUAGCCUGCAACACAACAAUGUUAUUACAUAAAUAUAGACAAGAAGGUCGCGCUAUACUUGUUGAAGGUGCAAAUGGAACUCUUUUGGAUAUUGAUUUUGGGACAUAUCCAUUCGUUACUUCUUCCAAUUCAACAGCGGGUGGUGCUUGUACAGGUUUAGGAAUUCCUCCAACUUGUAUUACACGUAUUGUGGGUAUAUCUAAAGCAUAUCAAACACGUGUUGGGUUUGGCCCUUUUCCAACGGAAUUAUUAAAUAAAGACGGAACAGCAAAUAAAGAAGGAGAAAAACUUCAACAAAUUGGUGCUGAAUUUGGUGUUACUACUGGAAGGAAAAGACGUUGUGGAUGGCUAGAUUUGGUUUUAUUGCGUUAUUCUUGUAUUAUUAAUGGAUUUACAUCUUUGGCAAUUACAAAAGUGGAUGUUUUGGAUACAUUUGAACAAAUACAAGUUGGAAUUGCUUAUAAUUUGGAUGGAGUUGAGAUUUUACAUCCCCCAGCAACAAUAAAUGAUUGGCACAAAAUCAAAGUUGAAUAUAAAACAUUUCCUGGUUGGAUGUCUGACACUUCUAAAGCUAGAACUUUUGAUCAAUUGCCACAGGAAUGUAGAGAUUAUCUUACUUUUAUUGAACAAAAUGUUAAAGUACCGAUUGAAUUUAUUGGUGUUGGAAAGAGUAGAGAUGCUUUAAUUGUUUGUAACAAAUUUGAAUGA